UCAGGGCCGAAAGAGCUGCAGACCUUCCAUCCAUUUCCAUCCUUUCUUCCUUCCGUUCUUUCUUCCUUCCUUCACUCGUUCCAUACCCUUUGGUGUUCCUUUUUUCAUCUAUCGAUUGGUUUGUGGCCUCAUCAUCAUCCUGAAAAAAGGAAAAAUAAAAGAAGGAGAAAUGGCUGAUCAGCUGACUGAUGAUCAGAUCUCUGAGUUCAAGGAGGCUUUCAGCCUUUUUGACAAGGAUGGAGAUGGUUGCAUCACCACUAAGGAGCUUGGGACAGUGAUGAGGUCGCUGGGGCAGAACCCUACUGAGGCUGAGCUCCAGGACAUGAUAAAUGAAGUUGAUGCUGAUGGAAAUGGGACCAUAGAUUUCCCAGAAUUUCUAAAUCUCAUGGCAAGGAAGAUGAAGGAUACCGACUCUGAGGAGGAGCUAAAAGAAGCAUUCCGAGUUUUUGACAAGGAUCAAAAUGGCUUUAUUUCUGCUGCUGAGCUUCGCCAUGUCAUGACUAACCUUGGGGAGAAGCUUACAGACGAGGAAGUUGAUGAGAUGAUCAGGGAGGCUGACGUUGAUGGUGAUGGACAAAUCAACUAUGAAGAGUUUGUCAAGGUUAUGAUGGCCAAGUGAUAUCCCUGCCUGCAAUCCUGCAUUAAACUGAAUAGAUCUACAUGUAGGAGUGGAAAAAGAUUCAACUGGUUGAACAGGGAUAGCUGGUUUAAUGCUUUUAGUGUACUUUUACUACUUGUCUGGUGGUUUUAAAGGUUGAACAUCUUUAGCAUAAUGAUCUCUCUGUUGUAAUGAUGUCCGAGUUUUCUUCUUUUUAGCAUAAUGAUCUCCCCUUUCCAUUCUUCCUUUUUUAUGUCAUAGGGUGAAUCUUCUCCAAAAUUUUGCCCUUUCUGGCAAACGUUGGUUGUAAAGCUGUAUGCUGUUGUUUGACUGAUGGAGAAUGCGUUUGGUUUUCUUUAAUGUCAUAUCCUAGUUUGGAAAGA